AUGCGUUGCAAUCUCUUCAGUCCCGUCCUGCUGGCGAUCACAGCACUUGCUGUCCCCGUCCCCAACCAGAACGAUGUGAUCGGUGAUGCUGGCGUUGCCGUUAACGUCGGUGGUGACAAGACCGUUGGUGUCCUCGAUCACAAGCGUGAUGUUAUCGGCGACCUUGGUCUCGCUGCCAACGUCGGCGGUGACAAGACCGUUGGUGUUCUCGAUCACAAGCGUGAUGGUGGUCACGGCGGUGAUGACUCCGGCUCCGAUGUUAUCGGCAAGCUUGGUGCUGCUGUCAAUGUCGGCGGUGCUGAUACCAUCGGAGCUGCCAGGUAA